AUGUACGAUUUACCUUGGAAAUGUAAUUUUGAUAAUUGUGAUAAAUCAUUUAAAUUUCUUUGUAGAUUGGAAAAACAUCAACAAGUACAUACAAACGAGAGACCAUUUAAAUGUACAUUUGAAGGAUGUGAAAAAUCAUAUAAACGUUCGGAUCAUUUAAAAUUACAUUCAAUAGUUCAUAAUCCAAUUGACUCUAAACCAUUUAAAUGUUCAGUAGAAGGUUGUGAAUCUAAAUUUUCUUUAAAACAUCAUCUCAAUCGACAUAUUAAAGAAUUACACGAAAUUGAAAAGCCAUAUAAAUGCAAUUAUGAAAAUUGUAAUCAACCUUUUAAACAAGAUUAUUUAUUAAGAAAGCAUCAAAAACUUCAUACUGGUGAAAAAUUGUAUCCAUGUGAAAUUUGCACAAAAAGUUUUUCUACUUCUACUAAAUUACAACAUCAUAAUCUUGUUCAUUCAAAUGAAAAACGUUGGUUAUGUACAUUUCAACAAUGUCAGCAAGAAUUUUCAAAAUAUCCUCAGCUUUUAAUACAUUUAAAAAAUGAUCACAAAUCAAUUUGUGAAAUUUGUGGAAAAGAACUUAAAAAUUUAAAACAUUUAAGAAGUCAUGUGAAGACUCAUAAUUAUGACCGUAUAGUUUAUCCAUGUGAGUGGGAAGAUUGUAAUAAAUAUUAUUAUAGUUUAAAAUCUCUAAAUGUUCAUGUAAAAGCAGUGCAUGAAAACAUUAGACCAUAUGUUUGUAGUAUAAAAGAAUGUGGAAUGUCAUUUGCUUAUAAAAAAGUUUUAACAAAUCAUAUAAAAUCUAUUCAUGAGUCACCAAAACCACGUAAGCAAAGAAGAUUAAAUAAUGAUAAUGAUAAAUUUAAUCAUGAAACAACAGAAUUAGAAUGUCUCACUGGCCAUAAUUAUGAGAAUUCAGGUAGAAUGAUUUCUUGCACAAUUGAAGGAUGUCUUUAUUUAUUUAAACGAGAAUAUGAUCUAGAUCGACAUUUAAAAAGUUUUCACAAUAAUGUUUUUUGGAUGUUGGAAAAUGAAGAUGAAAUUAAUGUCUAA